AUGGGAGGAAACGUCUAUGUGGAACUGCCGAAUGUAUUUUAUGACUCCAUCAAAGAUGUCACACAUCAACAAUGUGACGAUUACUUUGUCAUUGUUGAAUGUUGGUGGAACAAAGAGUACAAAGACUGGAAACGUCGUGUCCAGUGGCAGUUCGACAUCAUCAAAGUUAUGAAUAUGGAUCUUAAGGUGCGAUCAGCAAUCAAGAUGCCUUACUUUGAUUACUCUGACUCCAAACUCGCAACUUAA